GGAUCAAUCAAAAGACUUUUAAAACAUUUGAAUUUUUGUUUGUUAUUUUUUUAUACCUCAUCUGUGUUUUUUUGUUAUAGUUGUUUCAAAACAAUUUGGCUUGCUUUGGUACAUCUGAUUUUUUUUGUGUGUGUGUAGAAGUUUUUAAACAAUUAUACAAUGCAGUGCCAGGAUAUGGCCACGCUGCAUUACUAGAUGGAUAAUGAACAACUGGAAUUGAUAGUAAUAGUUAUUUAGGUCUUAUAAAUUGAUCAGCAAUGGUUAAAGCUGCUCAGCUGCCCAUACUGCUUCUGUGGUUUUUGCACGGUGUUUGCUGUUUGGAUUCUGUUCCCCCUACAAUUCAAUACAAGGUUUUAGAGGAAGUGCCCAUUGGGACAUUGAUUGGAAAGAUUGCUGAUGAUCUGAGACUAGAAGGGGAGAAUAAAGCAUUGGAGGAUUUUCAAAUUGUUGAGCCAGUUCGGGCUUUGCCAUUCCGGGUUGGACUACAAGAUGGGAUUCUUUCCAUUGCUGAUCGUCUGGAUAGAGAUGUCCUUUGCUGGGAUACCAGCCCUUGUUUGAUUCCUUUUAAUAUACUGUAUAGGAAAGGAGGGACCAUUGAGCUUUUGCAGUUACAGGUGGAAGUCUUGGAUAUAAAUGAUCACAGUCCGACUUUUCCAAGCUUGGAGCAGGAAAUUGAGAUUUCAGAGAGUGCCUCACUGCACACCACAAUACCACUGGAUAGGGCGCUGGAUCCAGAUGCUGGCACCAAUGCUCUGCAUACUUAUUCCUUAUCCCCUAACCAGCAUUUUCAAUUAGAUGUCCUCACCCGGUCAGAAGGAACCAAACAUGGGCAGCUUGUGGUCAUCAAUGCACUGGACAGGGAGGUUCAGUCUUCCUGUGAAAUGCUUCUGACAGCCUGUGAUAAAGGAAAUCCACCCAAAUGUGGGACCAUGCUGGUAAGGGUUAACAUUUUGGAUUCUAAUGAUAACAGUCCAGUUUUUGAACGCAACUUGUUUUCCGUUGAGCUAAAGGAAGACACAAUGCCAGGGACCACCAUCAUCAAUCUUCAGGCCACCGAUCCUGAUCAAGGGGCCAAUGGAGAAAUUGAGUAUUCUUUUAGCAAGCAUAUCCCUUUAGAAGUACUGAGCAUCUUCAAUAUUAACCCCAAAACAGGAACAGUGACUGUAACAGGAGUUUUGGACUAUGAGGAAAGACAUACUUAUGAGCUUGACAUCGAAGCCAGGGAUUUGGGGCCUAAUCCCAUCCCUGCCCAUUGCAAACUCCAUAUCAAAGUCCUGGAUGUUAAUGAUAAUGCACCCAAGAUACAUGUCAUGUGGGCUCCACCAGAUUCUGAUGUUGCCAUGGUUUCUGAGGGUGCUGCUACUGAAACCUUCCUUGCCCUAGUGAUGGUAUCUGAUGCUGACUCUGGGCUCAAUGGGAACAUCCAGUGCCAAGUCCAUCAUGGGCUGGGCCAUUUCCGGCUGAGGAGGACCCAUGGAGACAACUAUAUGGUAGUGACCAAUGCCACCUUGGAUAGGGAGAGGCAGGAGAAGUACAACCUCACUCUGGUGGCCAAGGACCAAGGCAUCCCAUCCUUCUCUUUGACAAAGCACCUCACCAUACAUGUAAUGGAUGAAAAUGACAACGCACCUGUGUUCUCAAAGAGUAUUUAUGAGGUUUCUUUCCAGGAGAACAAUCCCCAUGGUCUUUACAUUCUUACGGUCAAAGCUCACGAUGUUGACCUGGGCCUCAGUGGGAAUGUCACUUACUCAAUUAAGGAUUCCACAAAUCUAAGAAAACCAGCUGCCCCCUUUAUCAUCCACCCCACAGAUGGUAUGAUCUAUACUCAGCAGUCAUUAGAUUUUGAGCAAACAAAAGGUCUUACACUCAUAGUGGAGGCAACAGACAAUGGGCAACCACCACUGUCUAGCAGUGCUUCUGUCUUAAUAAAUAUCCAAGAUGUCAAUGAUAACCAUCCUUUGAUUGUGGACCCAGCACUGAAGAACCACAGGGCAGCACUUAGCAUCCCUGUCAACACAGAGAAGAGAGAGAUAGUCAGUGAGGUGGAAGAGGCUGCUAGUGAACACAGAGACACACUAACUAAUUACCUCCUCGAGCUUUUUCCAAAGAGUAACGACUCUGCAGCAAAAGAGAAACCAGAUGGUUACUUAGUAACAACUGUCAAAGCCAAGGAUGCUGAUGCAGGCCUAAAUGGAGAGCUCCGCUAUGAGAUAGCAAGUAGGGAUAGUUUAUUUUCAAUAGAUGAAGUGACUGGACAGAUCUUUGUGAAUAUCAGCAAUGUUACAGAGCUGAUUGGAAAAAUGUUUGUAGUAGAGGUCACUGUUCGGGACUUGGGUUCUCCACCACUAUCCACUCGAGCUUCUUUGGAAUUGACUUUUCUCAGUCUCUUUGACCAUCUCAAAAACUCUUCUCCUGGCCAGCAUGGACUACUGAGCUUUCCCUUGACUAUAGCCAUCUGCUUUGGGGCCUUCUGUCUUCUGGUUGUCUUGGCAGCAACCUUGGUGACCACUUUCUGUCGGAAUGAAAAACGUGAAAACCGGGCUUACAACUGCAGGCAGGCUGAGUCCACUUACACCAGGCACCCUAGGCGUCCACAGAAACAGAUCCAGAAGGCAGACAUACACUUAGUUCCUGUGUUGAGAGGGAGGCAGGAGGAGCCAGCUGGGGGAGAUCCAGGCAGACCUCCUUCAGCUGGGUCAACAUUGACAUUGGAUGCCCUGGAAGCCUUUCCUCCUUGUCAGUUCAACCUGUCUCCAUCCCUCAGCAGGACUCUUAGGAACCAAACUUUCCCAGAAAACAAUAGCACUCUCCCCCUAUCACCGCCGAAAACUCUCCGCAAACUUCACAACAUUGAGGAGAGUGGGACUCUUCCUCGUACCCCGGCUAACCCCCACAGGACUCUCAAAAAGCCCAAGAAUAUGGAGUUACACCAAACAGAGGGCCCCGCAGCUCAGCUGCAGGCAUCUCUGCCUCAUACAGGGACACUGAAGCUGCCAGGAAAGGCUGCAGUCCAGCACAGUGCACAGGAAGAACCAGACUCAGCCCCUGCCUCUCCCCCGUUUCGGACUCUCAGGAGGCAGAGGAACGCAGACUCCAAGUUGAGGACAGAGAAAGAUGACCACCAGCAGAUCUUAAGGAAUCUGGUCCGGAUCUCCAUGGCUGCCUUAGCAGAGUACAACCCCAUUGAACUCACUGCAGCGUCCACAGAGGUACAGCAAGUCUCCCAGCUGCUCUCCUUACUACACCGGGGCCAGUUCCAGCCAAAACCCAACUUCCGGGGGAAUAAGUACUCAGCCAGAGCUGGCAGGUCUGGUGCACAGGAUGCUGACUGGCAGAGUACCAAGGACAGUGGUCAUGGUGAGAGUGAGGCUGGAGAUAUGGACUGGGAAACUGGGCGGGACUCUCCCAUUGACCCCCUUCUGGUUGAAGAGCUAGAUAAUCUGCUGACUCAGACAGAUGAUGUGUUUAUGGACCUCCCUGAUCCAGCCUGGAUGGCUCGCCUGUCUUUGCCCCUUACCACAGACUACAGGGAGAAUGUCUUUGUCCCAGAUGGACCCCCUUCCCCAGAGACCCCCGCUCUUCCCCCAGCUGCUGACGGAGCUGCCUCCUUCUCCACCUUUGGGAAGGCCCCUGGCGAGAGUUCGCAGAUCUCCGGGCACCUCAUCUCCGAGGUCAGCACCCUCUUUGAGAUGCUGCUCACUCAGAAGGGAGACUCUCAUCCCAGGACUUCUGCUGAAGUGCUGUACAGACUCUCUGCUGCCUACCGCCGCUCUCUGGGUUUGGAAGGGGCAGCAACAGGGGGUGGCAACGUUCCUAGAGGCUCACCCAAAACACAAGAUAAAGCUGACCCUUCAAGAGAUUUAGAGAUCCAUCAAUUAGUUUGAUUUUGAGAGUAUGCUGGUACAAUUCCAAACUACACGUUAAACUUGGGCAUAUUACACC